AACAUUGACUGCCAGCCUCACAGGAAGACGUGGUGCCAAAAGCAGCAGCACGAUUGCGACAGCACGGCGCGCGAGACCACUUCUCCAGCUACUUGACUCAGGUAAUUAUUCGCUCGUUGUUCGUUGCAACGCGAAAAGGCGCAAUACCUACCAAAGAGCGAGCUUGUAGCCGCGGUGCCUCUGCUUCAAGACUGCCUCGUCCCCGCCUGCUAAAGCUCUAGAUGAGAACAGGUACAAGAGAGCAAGGACGACAUCACGCAAAGAAAAAUAACGACUGCCUGGGUGUGCCCUGUGCUUGAGCCCCAACAUGCCGUCGCCAGAGACCGCCGUCACAGAGUCCACGGCUGAGCAGGCGGCUGAGUCGCCAGCUGCGGUCGCCGACUCUGUCCAGAAAGCGGCAAGCGAGGAGCGUGCCGAGGACUCGGACGUCGAGGCCGGGGAGGUGACCCAGGAGGACGAGUCUGACGGAGGGCGGGACGCCAACUCUGAUGACAAGUCGCCGCCAGAAGAGUCGUCAUCACGAACCGAUGCGACUGCCGCUGGAGAGGCGCCACCGCUACCGAAUGAAGCCGUCCCCGACGGUCCACCCUUGCCGGACGAGCCGGUGCCGCAGCAGCCAGAGGAUGACGGAUGGGACUGCCAGUGGGAUCCCAGCAGCCAGGCCUGGUUCUUCUACAACCGCUUCACGGGCAAGAGCCAGUGGGAAAACCCUCGAGUCCCUGGCGCGAACGGCGCUGUGGUGACCUCGCAUGUGGUUGAGCCCCAGCCGCCUGCUUACGAGAAGCCCGUUGCUGGAGGCUACAACCCGGCCAUCCACGGCGACUACGAUCCGAACGCGUGGUACGCCAAGAAUAACGAAGAGGAACAAGAUACCGCCGGCUUGGUCGGCGACCCUGCCGCCAUAUAUGCCGCCACGGCGACCUUUAACCGCUACACUGGACAUUUCCAAGCUGGAGAGGGCGCGGAGCGGCACUCCGACGAAGCCAAGUCGAAGCGCCAGAUGAACGCCUACUUCGACGUGGAUGCCGCGGCAAAUGCUCAUGGCGGCCGCAGCCUCAAGGCCGAGCGGUCCAACAAAAAGCCCACCAAGAACGAACUCAAGGCCUUUAAAGAGAAGCGUCGCGCGAGGAAGGAAGAGAAGCGCCGAGCUUGGUUGCGCGACUGA